UGCCCUCCAAAACCCAACACCUUUCACAACCCAAUUCUGCUUUGGUCUCACACAAUAUUAUUAUAUUCUUAAGGUUUUCUCUAUCCUAUGCAUAUGGUCUAUAUUGUGCCCCUUAACAGGGUGACAAAGCCUACCAAUUCUCCCCAGAAAGAUCUCUGCAAUUUCAGUGUUGCAAUAACCAAAGCCAACCAGCUAUUAACUCUCCUGUAACUUGGUUGUCAAAUCUCCCUUAUAAAAACCCCAUCUUUCUCUUCAAUAACCCAAAAUUCCAAGAAACAAUGGCUUUCCAAGAUAUGCUGCCAUUGAUGGCUGAUAAGCUGGGUGGGGAGGGGUUAAUUGAAGAGCUCUGUAAUGGGUUCAGGGUGCUGAUGGACAGGAACAAAGGGGUGAUUACGUUUGAGAGCCUGAAGAAGAACUCUGCCAUAUUAGGGCUUCAAGAUUUGGGAGAUGAUGAGGUGUGGAGCAUGAUCAAAGAAGGGGAUUUGGAUGGUGAUGGAGGGCUUGAUCAGAUGGAGUUCUGUGUUCUGAUGUUUAGAUUGAGCCCUGAGUUGAUGCAGGAAUCUGAAGCUUGGCUUCAAACAGCUCUGCAAGCUUCUUCCCAAGUUCCCAGAUGAUCAAACAACAAUGAAGAUGUUUAUUCUUACACUUUUUCUUUUUUCUUUUUGGUUCAGAAACUCCCAAUCUAAUAGUAGUACUGUUUAAAUUAAAUUGUUCUUGCUUUACUUUUUGUGUUUAUAUUUGUCUUUUGAUUUUUUGGUCAGACUACGAUGUGUCUUGAAUAGAUCCUAACUAAAGAAGUGCCUUUAUACUUA